GAGCAGACGCCAGCAGCCACACAAACACGUUCCCCUCUCAGUUACAUGCACAGUCACACACAUACCGCGCCGCCGCCGCUGCUGCCACCACCACUACUCACACACACACAGUCACAGACACAGUGACGGCUGCCAGGCUCAGUGGGAAGCAAACCAUCAGGGAAAGAGCCUGAGAAGAAAGAGAGGGAUCGCCGUGGGGAAGAGAAGAAGAGAGAAAAGAGUUGGAGGGGCACCUUGUGGAUCAGAAGGGAUUUUCCGUGUUUUUUUUUGUGAGAGAGUACGUCUGGAUAAGGCUAUCUGCCUUUUACCAAGGCUUUUUCCUCUUUGCUCAUCCUCCGUGCAAGACUCCAGCGAUAUCUACCUAUCUAUCCCUGGAGCUUAACAAAAGAGGGAGGGAGUGAGGGGGAAAAAACAGUCACAGCUUCAGCUCCAGACCAUCCACUCUCCUCCUCUACUCCUCUUCCUCCUCCUUCUGUUUUCUCUCCGGUUCCACAUCCAUGUGUGAGUUCAUCGCUGAUUCCAGUGUCUUUUGAGGAUAGAGCAAGAAGGACGCCGUGUGUUCUUCAGGAUACAGCUGGGCUCCCCUUGGGAUCAGGCUCUUCGUCAGAUUUAAGAGAGGGAAAGAAACAAGGGGGACUGGAUAAAAACGGAUAAAAGAGACAAAACAAGAGAUUGAGAGAGAGACAUUGGAAGACAAAUUGAGGGGCAUGUUCAGGGCACCAGCGAAGAGGAGUGAGUCUAAUUUCUAGUCCACAUAGUGUCAAGAACCGGCAAGCAGAAGCAUUCAUUCCACAUCCUUCUCUUCCCUCUCCUUUUACUCCCUUUUAGUCCUGCGCUUCAGUUUUUCUUUAUUGUUCCCUCUUUUGCUACUGUCUUUCUGAAUUUUGGCUCUCCUUACCCCACACAUCCGUCUCCUCAACCUCUUUCUUCUGCUACCCUGGCUCCACGAUUUAGAAACCCUCAAAUCGACAGUUCCUUGCAAGCUCCAGUCAAGCUGAAAUCCCAUGCACAGUGUGUCCUCCUGUCCACCUCGUACAUCUAACACCUUAAUAGCAAGAGAAGAGCGCUCUCUCUGCAUCCACUCUUGGAAACAGCCCUCCUGAAGGAUCCAGGCCAGUGGUUGGAAGUGAUUGUACCCCACCUGUGAGCUUCUAUCUCCAGCCUCCAGGACCUUCAGUUGGAUUCUAGCUACAUGGGAAAACGUUUGGAGCAGCAGCCAAUGUACCCCCACUACACCUACUACUACCCCCACUAUCUCCAGACAAAGCAGUCCUAUGCUCCUCCUCCUCCUCAGCCCAUGGCUCCACCAAGUCCAGGCACAACAGGAGGAGGGGGUGGAGGUCAUGGAGGUGGACUGGUGGAGCAACUUAGUAAGACCAACUUGUACAUCAGAGGGCUGCCACCUGCCACCACAGACCAGGACCUCAUCAAACUCUGUCAGCCAUACGGGAAGAUUGUGUCAACAAAGGCCAUCUUGGACAAAAACACUAAUCAGUGCAAAGGCUAUGGCUUUGUGGACUUUGACAGCCCUGCGGCAGCCCAGAAGGCUGUGGCCUCGCUCAAAGCCAGUGGAGUCCAGGCACAGAUGGCGAAGCAACAGGAGCAGGACCCCACAAACCUCUACAUUUCCAACCUGCCGGUGUCAAUGGAUGAGCAGGAGCUGGAAAACAUGCUGAAGCCCUUUGGUCAUGUUAUUUCCACGCGGAUACUGAGAGAUGCCAACGGUUUGAGCAGAGGAGUCGGCUUUGCUAGGAUGGAGUCGACGGAGAAGUGCGAUGUGGUGAUUCAGAAUUUCAACGGCAAAUUUCUGAAAACCCCUCCAGGCAUGACAGCUCCUGCAGAGCCCCUGUUGUGCAAGUUUGCUGAUGGAGGCCAGAAGAAGAGGCAGAGCCAGGUUAAAUAUCCCCAGAAUGGACGACCGUGGACAAGAGAAGGAGAGAGUGGCAUGGCAUUAACAUAUGACCCCACAACAAUGCAGAAUGGAUUCUACUCUUCACCCUAUAGCCUUUCCACCAAUCGGAUGAUUGCACAGACAUCAAUCACACCCUUCAUUGCUGCCUCUCCUGUCUCCACAUAUCAGGUCCAGAGUACAUCAUGGAUGCCACAUCAACAGUAUGUUAUGCAACCUACAGGUGCUGUGAUCACCCCAGCAACGGCCAUAGAGCCCAGCUUGUCUCUUCACCCAUCCAGUGUCAUGGCUCCUCUCACCCAGCAGAUGAACCAUCUCUCUCUGGGCCCCACAGGCACCUACAUCUCUGCUGCAGCGGCUGCUCCUAUGCAAGGAACCUACAUUCCCCAGUACACUGCAGUGCCUGCCUCUGCUAUUACAGUGGAUGGUGUGGUGACAGACCCAUCUCCACAGACAACUGCCCCCUCCUCACAGGAUGCCAGCGGGCAGCAGCCUUUAUCAGUGGAGAAUUCAGCAGACCAUGCCACAGCCUACUCCUACCAGCAGACAAAGUAGCUGGUGGGAGUCAUUGUUGCAUUGCCUUUAGAAGGACUGCACGAAGGAGCCGGAGACAGACAGAGAAUCAUAACAAGACAGAGGACAAAAACACAGCAGUGAGGUGGACAUGACAGACAGGAAAAUGCUUCCACUGUGCACAGGAACCAAAUAAAUGAAGAAAAAAAAUAUGCUAUAUUUUAUAGCUGUUUGAACCAAGGCAAAGACAGCUAUAAAAAAAAAACAAAUAACAAAGAAUGUUUGUUGAACUACAAGGCAAUGGAAUCAAUCACAGUCCAAGACUGAUUUGGUCAUUUUUCACCUUGAGACUGGACUUUCCCCUCUGGAGGGGUAAAAAAAAAAAGAAAACUAUAUAAAAGACUGAAAUCAAAACUCAACCAACUGUAAAGAAAAAAAAAGAAAACAUUUGAAUGUGCAGGUAGAAUUUUUGACAUUUUUAUCAAAAAAUAAAGGAAGCAAUGUCUAGGAGAAAACAGACUGUCUUCCUCUGAUAUGAAGCUCUGUUUUUCUUUUUCUUUUAUUAUUUGAGUAGUUUUUUAGAAAAUCAAUGUUUUCUUAAAUUCUUAUUGCCUUAAUUUUCUCAGACUUUUUGGGGGAAAAAAGACUCCAUAGUGUCAAAUUCUUUUUAAAAAUGAUUGAAAGUGUGUUAUGGGAGUCUCAGAGAGGAAAUCUACAAAGCUUAUCUGUACAGGUUUUUAAAAAAAAGAAAAGAUAUUACAAUAGUUUGAAGAUGACAAAUGGUGAAGUGCAAAAAAAGUCGAUGGAUUAGAUGGACAAAAAAAUGUUGCUUGGCUUGUUAAAAGAGUUGAUCCGCGGCUUCCUGGGCAAUGUGGUUUGGUGUAACGGUGGGAUCAAAUCUCAGUUUCUCCGCCACAUUGUCUCAUUUUCAGGUUUUGUUGUUAUUUUCAUUGCAGUCCAAAUGUUCUUGUUUGUGCGCUUUGUUUGUCUCACAACAUAAAGAAAUGAAAAACUUCAUCAACAACCAAAUUGAAGAAGAAAAAAAUUAGGGUUUAUAAAUGUGUGAUGAGCAAUAGUUUGAAAAAAGCUGUCGACAGUUUCUUGAGUCUUUCUUAACGGUUGAACAAACGCUGCCGAUGGCAUAUUUUAUACCAAAGACGAAGAAAUUAUGUAGAGAAGAGAUCUUCCUUGUUGUUUGUUCAACUCUUUCACCUUUUAAAAGUGAAACGCAUUCUUGCUUAUCAUGGUUUUAGUGGAUGAGAGUCCCCAACGUGUGAGAUUAAAAUAAAAUAUGCAGUAGGUCUUUAACUCGAUUGCCUCAACGAGAAGAGCAGCUUACUUUGCCGCGAUGUUGAGUUCAGUGAUAAUUAGAGAGAAGCAUCCUUCUCAACAGAGCAGGUGGCUUAUAAUAAGAUGGCUGAGAUGCUAAAAUUAAAUCCUUGUUUGCCAAAACACUACAGAUUUCAUUAACGCAAUUUGGAAUGCAAACUCUAAUUUGCACAGAUAACUUGGUUUGUUUAAAAUGUGGCACUGUGGAGCAGUUAUAGGCCGCCAGCAUCUUACCUCCAGAAGACAGUGACCAAAAGUAAAACUGAAUCUCUUAAUGCUAUCUGCUUCCUCCAGAGAACAGAAAACAAACAUUUCUUAUUAUUUCACUGAAUGAGAAGUUAUACAUUUUUAUUUAUUACGUUUUUGGUUUUUUAAUCUGGUUUCUGAUAUCAAAUGAUCAUUGAAAGAUUUAUCUAAAGGGAUAUGUUGCAGUCAUAUGUACAUGUGGGAAUAAGAUUUUAAUAUAUUGAUAAAAUAUGAUAUACAUAUAUAUCUACGUUAGUUAGAUUUCAGUUACUAACUGAAGUCGUGAUGCAUUUUCAGGCAAGACAGGUAUGGUUUUUAAGAAAAAAAAAGUCUAUUACUUUUAGGAAUAUUACAAUAAAAUAAAAUUUUAUGGGAGAUUAUACAUUUUAAAACAUUCUUUAAGAAGGGCAUUAACUUGGAUUAGUUGUAUGAUGCAAAACAUUUGAGUACAUUUUUUUAUAGCUGCAUACAUGCAGAAAUAAUUUACUUAAACUCUCAAAGGAGAGCAAUUAUUUUAGCGCUAACCUUUAUUUCUUAAUUAUAAUUCAUCUGCAAACUGAGAUUACUCUCAUCACUGUCUUCUGCAGUUGAGAUACUGAAUACACAUACGUGCCAUUCACAACCCACUUUAAACAAACAGAACUUGUUCUGUAAAACAAAACAAAAAAUGUUUUGUCUGUCUUGCCAAACACAUGUAAUUUGUAAACACCAAUGACCUCUGUCAGACAAAAGGGCACUUCUGCAGAACAAAACAAUUUCAGCUUAUGAACACUCUUCUACAAGGGCAAUAUUUUUUGUGCAACCUUUAUUUUUAUUUUUUAUUUUUACUGUCUUUUGACAAUUACUUAUAUUUGAGCUGCUAAACACUUUUCAGUAUUGGGGGAAAGAGGGUGUCCUGUGUUGUGUAUGUGUGUGGGGGAAAAAUGCACCAUUGAAAUACAGCAACUGAUUAUUUUAAGGCAGAAUGAAGACUGAAGAAGAAGAAAAAUGAACAAAACAUUUGUUCUGAGUACGAGUGCAUCAGAUGAGUGGACAGAAAGCAGGAAAAGAAGUGUACAUGUUGUGGUUCACACUGGUUCUGAGUCCACAUCCAUGUAGACCGACAUCACUCUGGAUGGAGGUUAAAAGACAAAAUGGAUGGAGAAAAAGGUGAUUUCUUUUUUUUUUAUUUUUUUUUUUUACCAAAACUAAGCAGAUACAAACUUCUCAUGGAAAAUAAAGUAUCAGAAGCUAAAGAGGAGGCCGAGGAAACAAAGGUAAUAUUUAUGAGGUGUUUCUUUUUUGUACAGGCGUGUAAAAGAAGAUGCAAAACUUUGAGGAUGCUAUUUUUUUAUUUGCUUGAUCACAUGCCUCCCAUGUCUUUCAAAGUUGUGAUUUUGAGUGUCUGUAGAACCAGUGGGUGUUGCUGUAGUUUCACACGUGUGUUUUUUGUUUGUUUUUGUUUUCUUUUUUGACAAAACUUUCAAUAAAUCUUUUUUUUUUUAUAUAAAAACAGCCAGUGCCCACAUUUCUUAAUGGCUUGUGCAGCAUAUUACCACUAGGGCGCAACAUUGUUUUCUGCAUGUGGAUAAAAGGCAGGUUUAUAGCAUGUGCACGCGUACUGCUUCAAGCAGUCGAAAAUUUAAUACUUCCAGACUUAUUUGAACAAGAGAUUGAGGAGUUUUAACGCUUGGAAGAGUUAAAGAUGAUCAAUCUCUUGCUGAAUAACUUGAAACUAACUAAUACCAAUUCUGAAAAGGACCAAAUAGACUCGUACAGUGUUGCUUCAACUCCGACAAAUUUGUUAUGUGCUCAAAUUAAAACCAUGCAGCUGUUUAUUAUGUCCUGUUUUUAUAGGAAUCAUCCUAUUUUCGGUAAUUUCAGUGUUUUCAAGAUUAUUGGUCAUUAGUAUAGCAAAAAUAUUUUGUGUAUUGGUGGGCUGCCUCUGCUUUUUUCUGGGGCAAUUUUUUUUUUUUUUUUUUUACAAUUUAUUGUAAAUAAAUAAAUUGAUUUACAAUUUACAAUAAACCAAAAGGUUUGUUGUAAGGUUGCAUAAAUGCUGUAGUUUGGCAGUGCUACUUUCUGUGAAGUGAUUAAAAGUAAAUAGAGUAUAUAUCUGUGACUGCAGGUAAUGUGAAAUAAGGCAACAACUUCUGCAUAAUCUUAUGGUAUGGGUGAAUAAUUUUGAAGGUUGUGAAAUAACCAGACAAAAUGCAGUCAAAGAACAUGUUUAGUAUACAGUUAGUUAUCAAAGCAUUAAAACAGAAGGGAAAGUACAAUAAAAUGAAAAACAUGCAUCAGUUUUUCAACUACAGUCAAAAUUGUCCUAAAAUAUUAUCCAGUAGAGUGUGCUGUAUUCAACCAAACUUCACUGUAACUGCAAUUGCAUUCACAAAAAAAUCCCAUGAUUUACUGUUUCAAAUAAAUGUUCAAAAAUUUAUUUCUCAUUUAAUAAAACAUAUGCAUAUAGCUGAAAACAUUGACAUCUGAACACAUGUAACUGAAAAUUAACACUUUCUAUGUUCCCUUACAGUGAGAUAAAGUUAUUGGAAAAACAAUACAAAAUUGGAAUAAAUUGGUUAGUUUCCUGAAAUUUGCCUCUUAUAUAUAAAAAACCAAUAGGAAAAAAAAAACAAAUAAGCGGGGCAUUUUACAUGAAUUUAUUGUUCCUGUUUCUACUUUUAGAGUUAUAAAUGUCCAGUUCAAACUAUAACUCUGGAAUGAAAAGUGAAACACCCUCAAGAACAGACAUUAAGAACUACUGUUAUUUUUAAUCAGGUAUAUUGCGUAACCAUUACUUGAAUAAAUUUGGAAUAUAAUACAUGACAACAUUUAAGUGUUUUUCAGGAAUAUAAUGGAUGAAAGUUGACUUUUGUGUUACAAUUGAUUAUUUAUUACAAUAAGCAUUAAAGAUGUGUCAUUAUCAAGCCAGGUAGGAGCACUGCUGUUCCCUGAUAGUGCAGCUCAGAGGCACCUCACCCCUUCAUCCGUUUUUUCUUCAUUUUUAUUCAAAUAAAAAAGGAUGGACUGUUUAUGUCUGCUUACUUAGAUGUGUGAUGAAUCUCUGACCUAAAUCUAGAACUGAUGAGGUAAUGCACGAUGAGGUGCAUUACCUCAUCGUGAGGAAAGGUGACAAAUAUUGAUUGGUUUCCUUGAUGUUCCCAUCAGUACAACAUUUUGGAUAUUUCCAACAACAACAA